AUGUGCAUUGAUUACCGCCAGUUGAACAAAGUCACCAUCAAGAACAAGUAUCCAUUGCCCCGUAUUGAUGACUUGUUUGACCAGCUGCAGGGUGCUAGGGUGUUCUCUAAAAUUGACCUGAGGUCAGGGUAUCAUCAGCUGAAGAUUCGGGAUUCAAAUGUCCCGAAGACCGCAUUCAGGACUAGAUAUGGCCACUAUGAGUUCCUGGUGAUGUCAUUUGGCUUGACUUAUGCUCCAGCGGCAUUUACGGACUUGAUGAACAGGUUGUUCAGGCCCUAUAUUGUUUCCUUUGUUAUCGUCGUCAUUGACGACAUCUUGAUAUACUCGCAUAGCCUGGGGGAGCACGAGCAGCAUUUGAGAGUAGUGCUUCAGACCUUGCGAGAGCAGAAGCUUUAUGCUAAGUUCUCCAAGUGCGAGUUUUGGCUAGAGUCAGUAGCAUUCUUAGGGCAUUUACUAUUGACCCAAAAGGGGGCUCCGUUCUGUUGGUCCGACGAUUGUGAGGAGAGCUUCCAGAAGCUCAAGGAAGCCUUGACCACGGCACCAGUUCUUAGCUCAGCCGGGUCCUAG